CAACUUUUUAAGAAUAGGUUCUACCAAUAGGUUGAUCUCUCUGAUAACAGGUGAAAAAUGCAUCAAAAACUGUUCAAUUGUUUUUGAGAUUAUCGCGCGUAUGUACAGAUAAUACAGACGGUUAGGUCAUAUAUUUUUUAUAAUAUUCUCAACAGAUAGUGAUUUUCCAGACUUGUUUAGUAUUAUCCAUAAAGCUUUUAUUAUUUCAGCAAAGUGAUAGUUAUGAAGAUGUUUUUAGUUAAAAGGGAAAAUCUUGUACACGUUUUAUUUUACGUGCUUACACUAUUUUAGUACAUUUCAAUUUAAUGGAAAACCCACUCGAGAGAAAGUAAACACACACACAUUUAUUAACCCACCUACGUUAGACCUCAUAACUUUGAUAUGAAAAGUGAUCCAUAUAUAAAUGUGGGAAACGGAACGCAAGAGGAAGUGUAAGAGAGAGUGUUAUGUGUGAAAGAGAGGGAUAUAGACGAUGAAAGGAAGUCAAUGGAAGAAAGACGUCACAUGAUUAUUGGCACGAAGACGUUAAGACGGAAAAUAAAAUAGAAGAAGAGUUAUUAUUUUUUAUUUAAAAAUCCUAUCCCACAAUUUUGGCGGCUCGUCCGGGAUUGGAAUAAAUAAAAAGAAAAACAAGACGGAAGACGAAGAGAAUAUUCGAGGACGCAAAUACGACGGCAAGACGACACGGAACAUGGCGGAAAGCAGAACAAAUGAAAGUAUUUUUUGCAAAGACGGUGUCUUCAUGGAUAUAUCAAAGUUCAGUGGCGACGAAGGCGACACAUAUUCCUCCACAAAAUGGGCUCAAGACAUCGAAGAUAAUGCCGAAAUAUUUGGAUGGACGCCGCAACAAAAAUUAAUAAUCGCCCGCAGAUCAUUAACAGGGACAGCGCAUUUGUGGCUCAAAACAGAGAAGGUGCACCGAAGCUACGAAGAAUUGAAGGCGGCGCUUCUAAAAGAAUUCCCAGAUACUAUAAACAGCAAAGAAAUGCACGAGCUCAUGGCGGCGCGCCGAAAACGUAAAGACGAAACCUAUUACCAGUAUAUGUUGACAAUGAAGGAAAUGGGAAAACGGGCGAAAUUUCCUGAUUAUGUUGCAAUUCAGUACAUUAUCGAUGGCAUUUCGGACUAUGAAGCGAAUAAAGCAAUUUUGUACGGGGUCACGACGUACCCGACAUUAAAAGAAAAACUCGUUCUUUACGAAAAUAUGAAGAAAAAGAUGAAGGUGAAGGUCACCGAAAAAGCUGAAAAACAUUCAACAUCGACAAGGCAACGGUGCUACAACUGUGGUGUACACGGCCAUUUAUCGAAUUCUUGUGAAAAUGGCAUAAAGUGUUUCAAAUGUAACAGUUUCGGCCAUCUUUCUACGAAAUGCACGGCCACGAGUGCUACGACGAAGCAUUCGGAAAACUUCGGCAGCCGUUCGAGUCGACCAAUCAGCAGCGAGAUUGACCGACAGCGCUGCCAACAUGACGGAGGACGUUCGGUGCGGAAACCGGCCAAUCCUAUCACUUCAAAGAGCGCAAUGUUCACUAUGGAUUCUAUUUCUCCGGUUGGCACUACUGAUGGCGAUGACGAGAAUGACGGCUGUCAAUGCAAUCAAAACAAAGAGAUUAUGCAGAUUGUAAACAAACCUGAUAAGAAGCUAAGCAAGCCGAUUUUGGAUAUUUUCAUUAAAAAUAUCGAAGGAAAGGCGCUUGUUGACUCUGGGAGCGAUGUUAACUUGAUGUCAGAAGAGUUCUACGACGUGAUCGGUCAACCAAAGACGACAGAAGAUGGUGUUGUGUUGUCAGGUCUCGGACUUACUCAAGUACAUUCAUUUGGGAAAUUUACAACUUGUGCUAUUAUUGAUCAACGAUGUUAUGAAGGAAUCACGUUCUAUGUUGUGCCUAAAGACUGUAUGCCCUAUAGUAUUGUACUAGGUCACGAGUUUCUCACUAGAGUAACAAUGAUUAUGAAUGAAGGGAGUGUAUUGUUGUUACCCUCUGGGGAUGAGUGGAUGAGACGAAUUAAUGGUUUUACUGUAGGAAUGAGUGUGGUUAUACGUUCUACAGUUAGCCCAGCUGUCAAGAAGGAAGUUUUACAACUUGUAGAGGACUACAAGCCAAAUCCAGUGAAAGUUACUGAAGAGGACGAGGGUGAGGCUGCGGAAUACAGAGGAAAACCCAAGUCUACGCCCGACCUGCUGGAAGACCCUAAGUUGAGCAGUAAGACUACUGCCGAACUAGAGUUAGAAGAACAAAAACCCUUACCGAAGCUCAUAGAAGAAGAAAAAGAAGAUAAAGAAAAAGAAACAGCAGCUACAGUAAGCAACAUAAGAGCUAAACUCAAUUCCAAGAAGCGAGGGAAGGCUCCAGAAGGAGAUAGUAAGAGACAAAAGACAGACGAUAAGAGAACUAAGAAGACAGACGAUAAGAGAUCUAAGAAGACAGAAGAUAAGAGAUCUAAGAAGAAGAAAGAAAAAAAAGAGAAGCAAGCGUUGGAUGGUGAUUCGCAGAUUAAAGAGUAUAUUGGGAAAGAGGAGAAUGAUGCUAGGCAGAAGGAGAAAGAAAGAAUACAAAGCGAAAUAAAGCAACGACAAAAAGAGAUUGAUGGUAAUAAUCAAAAAAUAUACCAGCAAGCUAGAAGACGGCGUAAAAGAAAAUAUAGAGGCGGUAGAUUUAAAACGAAUAAAAAGAAAGUAGACUUUGUUGUUAGUUAAAAUUAAGAUAUGUGUAAUAUGUAAUGUGUUUAUUUUAUUCAUGUUGUUUGAUGAAUGAUGAUGAUGAUGUAAGAAUGAUAUUAUGAGGAAUGGAUGUCCGCUUAGCAUGUCUGAGGACAGACAUGAGUGUCGGAUGGCCGAAUGUGGGAAACGGAACGCAAGAGGAAGUGUAAGAGAGAGUGUUAUGUGUGAAAGAGAGGGAUAUAGACGAUGAAAGGAAGUCAAUGGAAGAAAGACGUCACAUGAUUAUUGGCACGAAGACGUUAAGACGGAAAAUAAAAUAUAGAAGACGAGUUAUUAUUUUUUAUUUAAAAAUCCUAUCCCACAUAAAUAUAUAUAUUUUAUAACUAAUAUCUUUAUACUAUGUAUAGUUUAUUCCCUAAAGGGGUUUCUAGAAGCGUAGGUCAGUAUAAAAUAGGAACACCCACUUUUAGACAGUUAUUUGUCAUUGUAGAGGGCGCUGUCGUCGAUUUUGGGCAUUAAUGUGGA